UACAAUACUCCAUUGAAUUGUAUAUCUGGAUCUAUCCCAGACACUGUGACCUCGAUCAAGUUUGGUACUUCAUUCAACAAAUCGGUUGAUGUUGGUCACCUACCACCUGCGCUUACCUCUCUCACAUUGGGCCUCUCAUUCAACCGACCACUCAUCGAAGGAUCUCUGCCAUCGACACUUACCUCACUCACAUUCGGCCGAAUGUUCAACCAGUACAUCGACUCCAAGUUGCCAGACUCCAUCACAUUGUUGGUGCUGGGUGGCUACGGACAGCCAAUCGCACCAAGCAGCCUGCCCCAGUCCCUGACCUCGCUCACCUUUGGAUACAUGUUCAACCAUGAGAUUGAACCAGGUGUGCUCCCGCCAAACCUCGUCACGCUACGCUUUGGACAUCACUUCUCAAAAGACAUCACUCCUUAUUCACUCCCCGAGUCACUUAGAACGCUUACCUUUGGCGAAUGGUACGCCCAACCAUUCCAAACUGGAUCGCUCCCACCCUGGCUUCUCUCGCUGAGUCUGGGAUCGAUGAGCCCAGAGUCGGCCGCCAACUGCCUCCCCAACUCACUGACGCACCUCCAGUUCAAUGAGAGGAACGUCCCAACAGGCCCCCUGCCAACAGGUCUCAAGACCCUGGUCAAUGGAAUGAUUAGCCACAAGACCGACAUGCCACACUCACUCACCAAGCUCAAGCUGCGCCCUUACUUCAACGAUCAGAUGCUCCCAUUUUGGUUGCCACAGACACUGCGCAACCUGAGUCUGGGCGAUAUGUACACACAGGAGUUGCUGCCUGGCACACUACCAUUCUCGCUAACAAAGUUGACAAUGGGCACACAUUAUAACAAACCGAUUGGAAAGGGUCUGUUGCCAAGUUCGAUCAUCUCACUCACGAUUGGUCACUACAUGUCAAUGCCAAUUGUAUUCCCGCCCAACCUAAGAUAUCUAAGUAUGGGAAGGAUGGAACAACAAUUCCAUUAUUUACAACAAUUGCCAGAGAGUAUUGAGGAGGUGGCCAUCACACAUGUACCUUUGGCACGACCCUAUGAGCGCUCAUCACCCCUGACUUGUGUGUCGCCCAACAUCAACAUCAAGUACUUUACAAUGUUCAUUGAGAAUGCACCGUUCAACGUAAAGUCAACAUGUAAACUAUCAAACAUACGUCAGCUUAUAUACAACUCACUUGGAUGGCUUGCAUCUGGCACUAUAUCAACAUACCGUGUGCGCAAGUUACUCUGGAUGUCGAAUGGUCACACAUCAUUCGAAUACCGCGUCAUUGACCACCAUCACGUACUCUGUAUUGGGAAACAUUCAAUCACUGACAGUUCAACAAUGUUCAUACUUCCGUACCCUCCUCCUUCUCCUCCUACA